AUGUCUCUUCAGAACCUUUCUUUUGAUACUUCCAUCUUACCAGAUGAUAUACUUUCGUUUUGUGACGAAGAUUUUUACAAAGUGGUUGAAAAAAUUGCUGGAUCAGCUGAAGCUACACUAUUACAAAUUCAAGGAAUUCGAAGUGUAUAUUCGUUUCUCAAUAUAGAAGACGUAUUUGCUGUUCUUUCAAUUUCAUGUUCGGCUUUAAAUGAUAUUAAAAGACUUGUUUGCUUUGAAGCCGACGAUCACACUUACACAGUAAAACCAGGUUGUCGUGCCAAUAUUCGAUACCUUUAUCAGCUUCUUUAUCAAAAACAUGAAGUACAUCUUAAAGAACAAACAUUAAAAUAUAAACGAAAGAAACCAUCACAACUCGUGGACAAUAAUCAUGGUCUUCAAGAUAUUUUUCAAGAUUUAUCUGAAACUGACUUGCCAUCAACUAUUCCUCAACAUUCUUCAACACAAACAGGUUAG